AUGGCGGCAAGCGUAGCCAUAGGCGACGAAGACGUCAUCGAGGGUGGACCAAAUGCGAAGGUGACGGUUGUGGAGGGGCGUGCCUUGGUUGGAGAGCUAGCGAAUGAGCGGACCACGUCCUCGACCCUGUACAACUUCUCAGUUGAUCUGCAGUUUAACGCUCAGGCAUCAUUCCUACAGACGGACUUGCCCCUGCACGUGGCUCUCACGAAGCACAAGGUGUCUCGCAUCAGGCCAAGGCCUCUCGACCCACCCGUACAGCCGGGGGCAGGCGCCGGCAACGGAGACGGAGACGGCGGAGCCCCUGGCGAAAGGGGUUACCAAGCCGCUGUGGCGGCGGAGGAAGAUGAGCAUUCGGUGUAUGCCCUCCUCUCGGAAGAUGUAUCUAGGCGGGGAGAGCUCGUCGGCACGGCGGAGGUAGAUUGGCGACGUGCGUUGGUGCCAGCCAGCGGGGCCCAAGAAGGUCUGCACAAGAGCGGCGGCGUUCUCCUCGCGGUGGAGCUUGCCUCGGGCGCGCCGGACUCUAUCGUACACCCAGUCGGAGGCAUUCUUCACCUUCGACUCGAGGUGGUCGCCCCUCCAGAAGUGUCGGCUUUCCCCUUCAAGGCCGACGAUGUCACGAGGAUCAUGGACUUUCAGGCUUCGGUCCGCAGCGAGGCGCGGCGGGACUUUUACCUGUACGCGAACGCGUGGUGGAAAGGUUUCAGCUCAACGUCGAAGGUUCUAAGCAAGAGAUCCGUCAAGAUCUUUGCAGAGGACGAGCGAGGGCAGCACCGCUGCGUGUGCUCGUUCCUCGAGCCCUAUCGCCAGGGCCGGAUGCUGCCGACGCCAAGGCACGCCGCAAGGUUCGUCUCCCUCCUCCCCUUCCGGCCCCGCUCCACCGUGGGAGAGCAGCCGCCCGCCACGCAGAGGGCGUGGAACUCCCCCCACGCUUUCCUGGCGGCGGGGACCGGGGACGCAUCGGACCACGCGCUGCUGCUGUGCUCCCUUCUGCUCGGCUUCGGGCUGGACGCGCUCGUGUGCUGCGGCCUGGUGCACCCCAGCGACGACGACAACGGCGACGGCGAUGCCUCCGGAGCUGAGCCGGGGGGCGUCGGGGUACGGGGAGGGGACUCCGACGGAAACCGGGGGGAGGAGACGGGGCACAUGUGGGUGUGCACGUUCAGCGGCAGUCGAGCGGACAAGAAAGCGGUUUUCUGGGAGUCUCUGACCGGACAACGUUUCGCCAUGAGCGCUCCACGGCCGAGGCCUUCUAGAGGGCGCAGAACAACACCGGGAAAGAUGGCCGUGACCCCGCGGCACUUCAGCAAGGUCUCGUGCAUGUUCAACCACCGGGAAUUCUUGGCCAACAAGCAGUCGGAUAACCGAGUGGGAACCACGUCCCUGGACAUCUCCGACCCCAAGCUGUGGAAACCCAUGGAUUCUUCCAGGAUCGUUCCGAAAGGCAUGUCAUACCCGGCGUCGGCCGGCCCCGCUGGCGUGGUUCUCCUCCGGCCAACCCUGAACACGGAGGGCAUCGCGGAAGGCGUCGAAUCGGAGGUGAAGCGGCGUGUCGCGGCGUGGCGGGAGGGCAAGGGCUGGCCCACGGUGUGGGACGAUGCCCUCGGCUACCUUCUGGGGCCCGCGGUGUUCGCGUACGAGCAGGAGCGCUUGUGCGGAGCCUCUUUCGGCGGCGACAACUUCCAGGAUGCCGUUCAAGGGGCAGUACCAGACAGGUCCACACGUUACUAA